AUGUUUCUUUUCUCUGAAUUCGAACGUGAAACAUCUGAAUUACGACGACAAUGUAAAGAAGAACGUUUAACUAAAGAAGAAUUACAACGAAAAUAUAAUGAUUUAAAAGGACAAUAUGACAAUGAAAUAGAUGCACUUACCUAUAAUAAAAAUAAUGGAGGAGAUCAACAAUUACAAACAAUAAAUAAUGAUCGUAAUAAAACUAAAAAGAAAACUAAUUCUAAUAAACAAAAACAUAAUGAACAAAUAUUAAUUAAUGAUCAAUAUGAAAAUGAUGAUAAUAUAUCAAUAUCUCUUAAUCAAAUGGAUUCACAAGAAAAACUUCAACGUUUACAAGAAUUAGAAAAAAAACUAAUUGGUGGUGAAGAAAUUAAUAAUGAAGAAAGAAAAAAGAAACGAAAAAAAAAAUUAAAUGAAAUGCGUGAAAAACAAGAACAACGAAAACGUUUUACUAGAGCUAUUGAUACUAAUGAUGAUGAUAUGAUGAUGAGAGUAUUUGAUAAUGCUCAAGAAGAGCUUCAUUUUACAUCUAAAAAAUUAGAACAAGUACAUACAGAAAAUAAACGUUUAAAAAACGAUAAUGAAGAUUUACAACAUGAAUUUGAACGUGAUCGUCGAGGAUAUUUAAAUACAAUACGUACACAAGAAAAACAAUUACUUCUUUUUCGUGUAAUUCUUGAAAAAAUGAGUAGUACUAUGCAACGUAAUUGUAAUUAUACAAAUAUUGAUAAAAUUAUUGAACAAGCUCGUUAUGAUGAAGAAAAAAAUGAAUAUAUUGUACCAGAUCCAAUCAAAGAAGAAGUUCAAUUUCCACAUGUUGGAAAUUUACCAAUAACAACAACUAAUGGACGUAUACUUCAAAAUGAUUUUAUUACAUCAUCAAAAUCUUUAUUACCACCACCAUCAACUGAUUAUGAUUAUGAUUAUAUUAUACCAUCUCAAACAAAUAAUAUUUAUCAUAAUCAAAUAUCGAAUAUGAAUUCUGAAGAACUUGAACGACGUUAUGGACGUAAUAUUGAUACAACAAAUAUUUCAUUUGGAAAAAUACGUAAUAAACGACAAGAACAAUUAUUAAAUCAAAAUGCUUUAUUACAUAGUACAAAAAUACAUCCAUUACAAAUGAAGAAUACAGAUAAUGAUUAUAUGAAUCGUCGUCUUAAUCCAUUUGAUGCACCAACACGACUCACACGUAAAUAUGGUUUUUCAACAGAUAAACAGUGA